GAGAAAUAGUACUACUACUAGCACCUCUAAUAUCAUCAUAUAUAUUUACUAUUUUUGCCAGCAAAACUAAAAGAAAAUGAAAAUUAUUAUUGGAAAUUUGAAAGAGGCUACCCAUCCUGAUACUCUCAAGGCUGCUCUUGCUGAAUUUGUUUCCAUCUUUAUUUUUGUUUUUCCCAGUGAAGGAUGUUCCAUUGCAUUAGCCAAUAUGUUGACCAGUGAUGGAGCACCCACUCCAGGUGGUGGGUUUAUUGCCGCAGCGAUUUCCCAUGCAUUUUCUUUUUUUGUGGCUGUUUCAGAGUCAACAAAUAUAUCUGGCGGUCAUGUAAACCCUGCUGUUACGUUUGGUGCCUUUCUGGGAGGUCACAUUUCCUUGUUUAAAACUAUAUUGUAUUGGAUCGCUCAAUUGCUUGGAUCCGUCAGUGCUCUCUUCCUCCUCAAGAUUGCUACCGGUGGCUUGGACACAUCAUCAUAUGCUCUUAGAGGUGGAGAAACACCAUGAAACACAGUUAAUUUCAUGAUAGUUAUGAUCUUUCAACUUGUAUACACAGUUUAUGCAACUACAAUAAAGUGGUGACAUGGAGUGCAUUGCCCCAAUUUCAAUUGGUUUCGUAGUUGGUGCAAACACCUUAGGUGGUGGUGGUCUUUAUGGUGCAGUAAUGAACCCUGCUAUGGCCUUUGGUCAAGCAGUCGAUAGUUGGAAAUGGAAUAGUCACUGGAUUUGCUGGCUCGGUCCAUUCGUGGGGGUUAGUUUGACAUUUAGACACUUUCAAAACUUAUUUUAGCAUUUAAACACAAGUGUUGGAAAAUUAGGUGUUUAGACACAUUUAUGACAUCAUCCAUUCUUUCAUCCAAACCAACCACACAAGUUUUAAAUUUUACACUUUAGUCUCCCACCUCAUCCAUUUAAUAUUUGAUAUUUUCCACCUUUUUCUAUAUUCCCACAAUUUUUUUAUAUUUCCUAUUUUAAUUUAGAAAAUUGUCCAAGAAGCCACCAAUAGGAGCUCCCUUUUUCAC